AUGUCCUCUUCCUCCCCCACCGGGCAGAUUGCAAGUGCGGCAGACAUCAAGCAGGAGAAUGGGAUGGAAAGCGCCUCGGAAGGGCAGGAGGCGCCUCGAGAAGUGGCGGGGGGCGCGGCGGCUGGGCUGAGCCCCCCGGCUCCAGUCCCUUUUCCCCUGGAGCCGGGGGACACCGCCGCCAGGGUGAGCGGAGAGGAAGGGGCAGUAGCGGCAGCGGCAGCGACCGGAGCGGCGGCGGAUCAGGUACAACUCCACUCGGAACUUCUGGGCAGGCACCACCACGCCGCGGCCGCCGCCGCGCAGACCACACUGGCCUUCUCGCCCGAUCAUGUCGCCUGCGUGUGCGAGGCACUGCAGCAGGGGGGCAACCUGGACCGCCUGGCCCGGUUCCUGUGGUCCCUGCCCCAGAGCGACCUGCUACGUGGCAACGAGAGCUUGCUGAAGGCGCGGGCGCUGGUGGCCUUCCACCAGGGCAUCUACCCGGAGCUCUACAGCAUCCUCGAGAGCCACAGCUUCGAGUCGGCCAACCACCCACUGCUGCAGCAGCUCUGGUACAAGGCGCGCUACACCGAGGCCGAACGAGCCCGCGGCCGGCCGCUGGGCGCCGUGGACAAGUACCGGCUCCGCAGGAAAUUCCCCCUGCCCCGCACCAUCUGGGACGGCGAGGAGACGGUGUAUUGUUUCAAGGAGAAGUCGCGCAACGCGCUCAAGGAGCUCUACAAGCAAAAUCGCUACCCUUCGCCUGCCGAGAAGCGGCACCUGGCCAAGAUCACCGGCCUCUCCCUCACCCAGGUCAGCAACUGGUUCAAGAACCGGCGGCAGCGGGAUCGGAACCCCUCUGAGACCCAGUCCAAAAGUGAGUCAGAUGGCAAUCCCAGCACUGAAGAUGAAUCCAGCAAGGGUCAUGAGGAUUUGUCUCCUCAUCCACUCUCCGGUUCAUCCGAUGGUGUCACCAACCUCAGCCUUUCCAGUCACAUGGAGCCAGUAUACAUGCAACAAAUUGGAAAUGCUAAGAUACUAAGUUCUUCUGGAGUUUUGUUGAAUGGAAGCUUGGUACCUGCAAGUACUUCACCUGUCUUCCUUAAUGGUAAUUCUUUCAUUCAGGGACCCAACGGAGUUAUCCUUAAUGGAUUAAAUGUGGGAAAUACACAGACAGUGUCAUUGAACCCACCCAAAAUGGCAUCAAACAUUGUGAGCAAUGGUAUAUCCAUGACUGACAUACUGGGCUCUACCUCCCAGGAUGUGAAGGAAUUCAAAGUCCUCCAGAGUUCUUCAGCUAACUCAGCAGCCACCACCUCCUACAGCCCCAGUGCCCCUGUGUCAUUCCCAGGGCUGAUCCCCAGCACUGAGGUGAAAAGAGAAGGCAUUCAAACAGUGGCUUCCCAGGAUGGAGGCUCUGUCGUGACUUUUACUACACCAGUGCAAAUUAAUCAGUAUGGCAUUGUUCAGAUCCCCAAUUCUGGAGCAAACAGCCAGUUUCUUAAUGGGAGCAUUGGAUUCUCUCCACUGCAGCUGCCUCCUGUUUCAGGGGCAGCUUCACAAGGUAAUAUUUCAGUAAAUUCAAGCACUUCAGAAGGGAGCACAUUUACAAGUGAGUCUACUACAGUCCAUCAAGGAAAGGUUUUCUUGAGCUCUCUUGCUCCCAGUGCAGUGGUAUACACCGUUCCUAAUUCAGGCCAGACUAUAGGAUCUGUUAAACAAGAGGGCUUGGAGAGGAGCCUGGUUUUUUCUCAGUUGAUGCCUGUCAAUCAGAAUGCACAAGUAAAUGCAAAUCUGUCUUCUGAAAAUAUCUCGGGGAGUGGCCUCCAUCCACUGGCCUCCUCAUUAGCUAAUGUAUCCCCAACUCACAGUUUUUCCCUGACUCCCCCUACCCUACUAAAUCCCACUGAACUAAACCCUGACAUUGCUGAUAGCCAGCCAAUGUCUGCACCUGUGGCAAGCAAAUCUACUGUGACAUCUGUCAGCAACACUAACUAUGCAACUCUUCAGAACUGCUCCCUUAUCACUGGUCAAGAUCUAUUGUCCGUCCCCAUGACCCAGGCUGCCCUUGGGGAAAUAGUUCCUACAGCUGAAGAUCAGGUGAGUCACCCCUCCCCAGCAGUACACCAGGAUUUUGUCAGAGAACAUCGGUUGGUUCUACAAUCAGUAGCUAACAUAAAAGAGACUUUCUUAACAAAUUCAGAGAGCAAAGCCACAAGCAACUUAAUGAUGCUGGACUCCAAAUCCAAGUAUGUCCUAGAGGGCAUGGUUGAGACUGUCUGUGAAGAUCUGGAAACAGACAAAAAAGAGCUUGCCAAGCUCCAAACUGUCCAGUUGGAUGACGAUAUGCAAGACUUAUAAACUUUAUCCACCACCACCCUUUUUCUUUCCUGGCAUCAAUGAGCAAAUCUUUUC